AUGGCUGGCAGCUCACUUGACACCAAUCCGCCUACCGUUGACCGCCAUAUCACAGCCGGAGGCUGGGCGGUAUUCGCCAUCAUGCUGAUCAGCGACGCAGUCAUGUUGUUUUGGCUUUUCACGUUCGUGCGGUACAUCCAAUGGUUCAUCACCUUCCCGCUCCUCCUCCUCGAGCUCCUUCUCACCACCGGCUUCUCUCUCUCCGGCAUCUUCACCGCCGUCUUCAUGGCCUGGGUCGCCGUCGGUUCCGGCCUCGUCGGCGCGCUCGUGUCGACCGGCUGCAAAUGGGGCUACAGUCAACUCCCUCGUAACGCAUACCCCUCGGGAACCGCCCAAAGGCACACAGCCCUCCUUUGGCACGGCCCGCGCACGACGUUCGCCGCGGGGAGCGUCGUCACCCGCACCGGCUUCGUCUGCGGCGGCGGCGUCCUCGCGCUCUACCCGCUCUGCUCGGCGCCGACCGAGGGCGGGAACGUGGUCUCGCCCGACGGCGAGAUGAUCUGGGACGGCGUCCUUGCCGGCCCCGUCUUCCUCUUCGGCUUCCUCUUCGGGCUCCGGAACACCGACUACGGCGCGUUUGCGCUCGCGUCGACCAAUUACUCCAACGGGACGGGGCCGAUGGUGGGGAAGCGGGACGUGGUGUGA